GCCGCCCUGGGAACCGCAGCUGGUCCCGGCCUUGCGGCCUGCGGGGGAGGCUGCCCGGAGGAGGCGGCGACGGUGGCGGUGGCGGUGCGUCCCUGGCCCCCAGGACCGCGGCUUCCUUCCUGCCAGGUCUAUCCGUCUGUCCAUCCAUCCGUGGGGGUCAGCAAUGGCCACCUUCAGCCGCCAGGAAUUUUUCCAGCAGCUGCUGCAGGGCUGUCUCCUGCCCACUGCCCAGCAGGGCCUUGACCAGAUCUGGCUGCUCCUUGCCAUCUGCCUCGCCUGCCGCCUCCUCUGGAGGCUUGGGUUGCCAUCCUACCUGAAGCAUGCAAGCACCGUGGCAGGUGGCUUCUUCAGCCUCUACCACUUCUUCCAGCUGCACAUGGUUUGGGUCGUGCUGCUCAGCCUCCUGUGCUACCUCGUGCUGUUCCUCUGCCGACAUUCCUCCCAUCGUGGCGUCUUCCUCUCCGUCACCAUCCUCAUCUACCUACUCAUGGGUGAGAUGCACAUGGUGGACACCGUGACAUGGCACAAGAUGCGAGGGGCCCAGAUGAUCGUGGCCAUGAAGGCGGUGUCUCUGGGCUUCGACCUGGACCGGGGCGAGGUGGGUGCAGUGCCCUCGCCCGUGGAGUUCAUGGGCUACCUCUACUUCGUGGGCACCAUCGUCUUUGGGCCCUGGAUAUCCUUCCACAGCUACCUACAGGCUGUCCAAGGCCGCCCACUGAGCCGCCGAUGGCUGCAGAAGGUGGCCCGGAGCCUGGCGCUGGCCCUGCUGUGCCUUGUGCUGUCCACCUGUGUGGGCCCCUACCUCUUCCCAUACUUCAUCCCCCUUGAUGGUGACCGCCUCCUUCGCAAGUGGCUGCGAGCCUACGAGAGUGCUGUCUCCUUCCACUUCAGCAACUAUUUUGUGGGCUUUCUGUCCGAGGCCACGGCCACGUUGGCAGGGGCUGGCUUCACCGAGGAGAAGGAUCACCUGGAAUGGGACCUGACGGUGUCCAAGCCACUGAACGUGGAGCUGCCGCGGUCCAUGGUGGAAGUUGUUACAAGCUGGAACUUGCCCAUGUCUUAUUGGCUAAAUAACUAUGUUUUCAAGAAUGCUCUUCGUCUGGGGACCUUUUCUGCCGUGCUGGUCACCUAUGCAGCCAGUGCCCUCCUGCACGGUUUCAGCUUCCAUUUGGCUGCGGUGCUGCUAUCCCUGGCAUUUAUCACUUACGUGGAACAUGUCCUCCGGAAGCGCCUGGCUCGGAUCCUCAGUGCCUGCGUCUUGUCGAAACGGUGUCCACCAAACUGUUCGCACCAGCAUCGCUUGGGCCUGGGGGUGCGAGCCUUAAACCUGCUCUUUGGGGCCCUGGCCAUCUUCCAUCUGGCCUACCUGGGCUCCCUGUUUGAUGUCGAUGUGGAUGACACCACAGAGGAGCAGGGCUACGGCAUGGCAUACACUGUCCACAAGUGGUCAGAGCUCAGCUGGGCCAGUCACUGGGUCACUUUUGGAUGUUGGAUCUUCUACCGUCUCAUAGGCUGAGGCACAUCUAUGGAUCCUCAAAGCUCCCUCAAGACCCCUCCUCAGGAUGGGGGAUGAGGGAAGGCCCUAUCUCUAAUUCUUGAUCCCUCUCCAUCCUUAACCCCCCCAACACUCCUACACACACAUGCUCAUGUGUGCACUCACAUACACACACACACACACACACAAUUUCCAUGCCUGUCUAUCCCCACCCCACCACAAGGCGGGAAGGGGGUGGUCCCUGCUGGGGCCUAGGGGUGGAGGAUGCUUGGGGAAUCAGAGAGGGGGAGAUCCAGGGCCUCCCCGCCUUCCUUCUCCCUUUUUAUAUACAGUUUGUUAUUGUCAAAUAAAAGUAGGAAAGAUACAAAAGGCUCUUUCUUCACUGAC